AUGUCUAUGGCUAUUACUUUAAAGAAUACUGCACUCUCGUAUUGAUCGGAAAAGAAGCAGGUGCCAUAAUUUGAACAAGAAGACCUCUGUGAAUAUGAGUAUGCAAAAACAUUUAAAUUUUUCACAUCAAGUAUUCAAAAACGAUCCAAUCUUAUUCGAGAGUUACGUUGGAAAGAAAAUUAAGAUAAUGAUGAAGGACGAAAAUAUUCACUUUGGUGUUGUUUACACGGUUGAUCCGGUAUCAGAAAGCAUUGUGGUUCUACAGUCCAAAACGUCUACACAAUAUCGUCUUAAAAUAAUAUUCAGUCAUGCGAUAAAAAAUGUCGAAGUAACAUCGGAAGUCGAAAUGCUUGUGCCGGAAUUGUUUUCAUUAUCACCUGCAAAUCUUUCACAUGUGAUGGUUACUAAAAGAAAGAAUAUUGUUAUGCAAUUAUUAUUGGACAAUCGAUUUCCAGUUAAAGAGGAGGAUGGUAUUUUAUUGAUAGAAGAUACUGUCUCGAUAGAACCCCCAUAUUAUCCCGAAAAUUGUACCUGUACUAAUAGUAUUAUUCUUAAUAAAGUACAGAGUAUUUUACGCAAAUAAAUGUAAAAGUUGAAUAAAA